AUGAAUGCGCGCCCUUUCGGACAGGUCAAAUCACGCGACAUUCGCAUGCGCUUUGGAAACGAGGUUCACCGUAUGGCAGAAGACGAUGAGGGGGUCGAUGUUCGCAAGAUCUAUGAUAGUGCUGACCGGGUGAUCAUGAUGAAGCUACUGUUAGACAAGACCGAGUACGCCCAAGGUCCGAAAGAACGGUUACAGGAGACACUGGAGUCAAUAAAGGCAAAGGGCCACAUCAACGAAGAUGAAGAUGUGUUCUUCCACUUCUUCCGCGAGAUCUUCCGCGCAUCGAAGAUACGGCUCGGCUCUGCCUUCGGUGAGCACAGCUCAGUUGAGGUGACUCUAUGUGUCCCUGUUUGUUACAGUCCUUCUGCGGUCGCUGUUUUGAGCUCCCAGAUGGUACGUGCGAUGUACGAUGUGCGUUUUGGCACCGAUGGCCAAUCCCCCUACAAUAUCUUCGUCGUCCACGAGGCUGAGGCGCAAGCUGUCCAAGCACUCGCGGAGUCUCUCAACGAGCUUGACCGCGGAGAGGCCUUCGUUCUUGCAGACUGUGGAAGGGAAACCCUCGAAAUCGGCAUAUACAGCAUUGCACUGACCGAACCCCUGCGACUUAGUUCGGAGGUCAACGAAGCGAUGGGAGCCAUGAUCGGUGCCGGAGAUCUCAACGACAAGUUUCGAAGCUUGGUCAAGAGCAUCCUUCGUAAAGAGCUGUACUUGGAGAACGGCGACGUUUCAACUGACUCCAUCAUCUCUGCCGAGGUCAUGUUCAAGUUCGAGAACCACACCAAGCCAUCGUUCCAGUACAAUGCUACCAAAGAAACAUAUCCCCUUCGCAUACGUGGCCUCAGGGAGAGUCGUAGCGACGAGAGGAUCCAGGACCUUUUUUUGGUUCUCACAUAUCAAGAUAUCUGGAAUAUCUUCAGGCCGACUGUUAAGAUUGGCAACAUGAUCGAGGACACAGCUGUCAACGCUAAGGACACCGGCUACACGGUCAGCAAGAUCGUUGUUGUUGGUGGUUUCGGUGAUUCGCCCUGUCUUCAAGCCUAUCUGCUCGAGCAGAAGGGCCGAGUCGAAAGGCGACUGGGAUCCCCGCUCAAGCUGCGCUUCUCUCAGCGCAACAUGAGCGCUACUGGAGUUGCUACGGGUGCAAUUCUGCGUACUAUCAAUAAGGCCAAUGGGCCAUCGCGCAUUCCCUGCCAGAGCAUAGGCAUUCUCCGUCACAUCCCGUGUGAUCAGACUGAGGAGUACUCCGCAGAAGUGCUGAGUCAGAAGAAGACGCGGGAUACUUAUGACGUGACUGAUUAUAUCCUGUUGCGUGUCAACAUCGAUAUCUCCGUGGACAAGUUCACGCUGCAUAACCCAUCCUAUUGCCUUGUCGAUCUUGCUCCAAAUGAAGAGGCCCGCAAGACUAUAGAGAUACUGUCUGGGAUUGACUUCCAACGUCGCUCACUGAAGGUGAAACCAUGCGUACACAAACGCUCACGACCUGAAUAUUCCCAAUUCCAGAUGUUCAACAACCGUUGGCGCAGCAGCCCUCCUCAACCUUUGGAGGCAUCCAAUAUCGAGUCAUCCAAACUCGCGGCGAUCAACAAUGUUCUGGCCCCCACAAGAGAGAAGAGGCGUGUGCACGUAGGUAAUCUGCCCAAGCCAUUGGACUACGACACCUCGAAUUUGGAGAUUCGCGACCUCUUUCGCGGCUUCUAUGUGGAAUCUGUGUCAACAUUUCUGGGCCCUGGUAGAGACAUGGUUUUGAAAGCUGGUGGUAUAUAUUUGUCGACCUUCGCAGUUCUGAAGAAGCCUCAAAGGCUGUGA